AUGGGAAGUGUGGAUGUUCGUAGUGAUCCAACCCUACAACUUACUACCAAGAGUGGACGUGCUCUGAGAGGUGCCCACUUCAGCCGGUUCAUCAUGACUGCCAUCGUCAAACCCAGAUUUGCUGAUACAUGA